AUGAAUAAAAAUUCGAUUGAUAAACAACAAUAUUUUCUUUUUUCGAAUGAUCAAUUUGCUGAACAGUGUACAAUUACAGUUGAAUAUAUAAAUGGUCAAAAUGAAAAACUAGUAUGUAUUACACAUACAUUAGCAAUUAAAAGUCUACCGCCAUUAUCACUGUCGUCAAAUCAUACAAUGCAAACAUUUAAAAUACAUUCAUGUCAAUUGUCUGCAAUUGAUCAAUUGCCAUUUUCAUUACCAUCAUCAGUUGAAAUACUCGAUUUAAGUUAUAAUUCAUUGUCAACAUUUAUUCUUUCAUUUCCAUUACCAUCAAAUCUUAAAUAUGUUUAUCUUGAUUCAAAUCCAAAUUUAAUUCAUAUUAAUUUUGGUAAUAAUCGUGUACAACAACGACUUAUCGGUCUUAGUCUUCGUCAUAAUAAAAAAAUGCAAAUUUCAUCUUUACCACCUCAUUUAACUCAACUUGAUUUAACCGAUUGUAAUCUAUUACAAUCAUCAAUAUUACCAUUAUUAAUAUCAUUAACAGAAUUAACUCAUUUAUCAUUAGUUGACAAUCAACUUGAAGAUUUACCUUCUUUGGAUGAAAAUAUACAACUUGAAUAUCUCAAUGUAUCAAACAAUAGUUUAAUAUAUAUUGAAGGUAAAUGGUUACAUCGACGAUUACAUACACUCGAUCUUACAUUUAAUCAAAUACAAUCAUUAGAAUUUUUAAAAGAUAAAUUAAAUAAAAAUCAAUCAUUAAUUUAUGAUCAUCAUGAUCAAAUAAUAAUCGAUCGUACUCUUCAACUUUCAUUAUAUGGUAAUCCAUUGAAAUGUGAUUGUUGGCUUAGUGCUAUACUUGAUUUAUCUUCAUCAUUUAUAAUCAUUACUGAUUUACAUUUACUUCAAUGCCAUUCACAUCCAGUUAUGGACAUUUCUCACAAUGAUCUUUUAUGUUCAUAUUCACGUCAUUGUUCAUCCGAUUGUUCGUGUUGUGAUUUUGAAGCAUGUGAUUGUCAUUCUGUAUGCCCCUCAGAUUGUUCGUGUUCACAUGAUGUUCAAUGGUCACGUCAUAUUGUUAAAUGUUCACAAACGAAUUUAUCAAAUAUUCAUAUUCUUUUACCACAAACAAUCACUGAACUUAAUUAUGAAGAAAAUAAUAUUGAAUAUAUAAAACCAUUCGUAUUCGUUGGUAAAACAUCAUUAAUAAAAUUAAAUUUAGCAAAAAAUAAUUUACAAAAUAUAACCAAUGAAACAUUUUGUGCAGCAUCAAAUUUAUAUGAAUUAAAUCUGAGUCAAAAUCCAAAUUUAAAUCGAAUACUUCCAUUUAUAAAUGAAUUAUUUGGAUGUUUAAAAUAUUUACAACAUAUUAUUCUUUCAAAAGAUCAAAUUAAUAAUAAAGAACAAAUAAGUAAUGAAUGGAUGAUUAUUUCUAAUAGUAAUGAUAAUAUAAUUCGUCUCUCACGUGUUACACAAAAAUUCUCAGUAACACCAUCGAGUACUACACUUUUAUCUAUAUUAAUGUCUACUACGAAUGGUUCGACACAUAAUUCUCAAUCUCAAUUCAUUCCAUCUAUAUAUCAACGAGAAUGUACUACAUUUAUACCUUCUACUGAAUUGACUGUUAUUCAACAUGUACCAUUUAUUCAACAUAAACAAACUCUUAUUAUAAUUGUUUUUUUUCUUUUAUUAUUUCUUUUACUUUUUCUUAUGUUACUUAUUAUAUUGGCUCUUUGUCGACGUAAACUUCGUCGUCAUUUAACGGCUGAACUUCGACGACAACGUUCUCAUCAUUAUUAUUAUCAUACUAGACUACAUCAACCAUCAACUAAAACUACUGAUAAUCAUGGUACUGUAGGAACAAAUGAUAGUCUCUAUGAACAAUUACCAUCACUUUCAUCAGAUAGUGAACAACCAUUUUUAUACAAUGAAAAAAAAUCAAAUGUUAUAAAAGCUCCAACUCUACCACCACAUCCAACAACAUUUCGUCAUCAUUUUUGUUGUCAUCCAACAAGUCAUUUAAUCCAUACGCCAACACUGAAUACACAUGAAUAUCAAUAUGCUACAACAACAACCACAGGUUAUUCAACACCAACUUCACAACAACAUCAAUGUGCUGCUAUUCUUGUAUGGGCUAAUCGAUUAUUUUAUCCAACUCAAAAUACACAUGAUCGUCAAGAUUGUACAACACAUUCUUGUCCAUCCGAAUUACAACAUUUACAACAAUGUUUACUUUUAAAUCAACAAGAUCAAACAUCAAUAACAACAGAUAAUAAUAUUAUGCGUUAUUGCAACAAUGAAACACUUCUUGUGCCUACCACUAAUUGUCGAUGUGGUAAUCAUAUACAAAAUACGGACAUGUAUAUUUAUCCUCAUGUACAUAGAUGA